AUGAAGGACAAACAGGACGUCGACUUGGACUCGAUUUUGGCGGAGCUCGGUCAGCUCGGCCGCUACCAGAUACGGAUAUUCUGCUUCAUACUGCUGCCGAUCCUGUUCAGCGCCGUGCAGAACAGCCAGUACAUAUUCGCGGCGGCGAAUGUGCCGUACAGGUGCAAGGUGCCGGAAUGCGAGUCGUCGCCACCCCAGUUCGACCCCAACGGCUGGGGGGCAUGGGCGCUGCCAGAGGGCGGUGGCAGGUGCGAGAGGAUGGAGCCGGUGGGCGAGGGUUGCAGCGUGGACAGUUUCCACCCGGAGAACACCAUUAGCUGCGACCGCUGGAUCUACGAGCACAACAACAGCAUAGUCUCCGAGUUCGACCUCGCAUGUCAAAACUGGAAGCGAACCUUGGUGGGAACCAUUCACAGCGCUGGAAUAUUUGUGGCAUUGCCUCUCACAGCCUACAUAUCGGACACGUUCGGCCGACGAAUAGCCUUCAUCGGGACGGCGGUGGCCCCAGCUAUUGUGGGCUUGAUACGUUCUUUCUCCAAUAACUACUAUUUCUACUUGAGCCUGGAGUUCCUUGAUGCGGUCGUCGGUGCCGGUGUUUAUUCCACGGGAUUCGUCCUUGCUUUGGAGAUGGUUGGGAUCAAAAAGCGUGUGCUGUGCGGGAACAUAGUCUCGUGCACGUUCGCCGUGGGGCAGGCGUACGUGGCGCUGGUCGCUUGGGCGGUGCCCUAUUGGCGGACCCUGACGAAGAUCAUCUACGCGCCCUCCCUGCUCUUCCUCCUCUACUACUUCGUGAUAGAGGAGAGCGUGCGGUGGCUGCUGAGCAAGGGGAAGAAGAAGGAGGCGACCAGGAUCAUAUUCAAGGCGGCGGCAGUCAACAAGAAGAAACUGUCGCCGGAGUCGAUAAAGCAUUUGACAGAGGAGACGGCCGACACUUCGAAGCAGACGGAGGAUGAGCCCGCGAUUUCCCAGGCGAAGUCGCCGUCGAUUAUGCUGCAGGUCCUCAAGUCGAGGGUCCUGAUGGUGCGCCUCCUUAUAUGCUCGUUCUGGUGGAUAACUGUCACCUUCAUCUACUACGGGCUGUCGAUCAAUUCGGUCUCGCUAGCCGGUAACAGUUACGUGAACUACGUGCUGACAUCAUUGAUAGAGAUACCGGGCUACUGCCUGAGCGUGGUGACGCUUGAUCGUUUCGGGAGGAAAAGGUCUACUAUUACUGGUUACUUCGUGUGCGGCCUUUCCCUUAUCUCCUUACCUUUCGUACCUACUUCCCUCGAUUGGCUGCAAACGUCGCUGAACCUGUUUGGAAAGCUGUGCAUCAGCAUGGUGUUCAGCAGUAUCUACGUGUACACGGGCGAGUUGUACCCAACUGGGCUGCGGCACCGGAUGAUGGCGGUCUGCUCCAUGGCCGGCAGGAUAGGGCAGAUGAUAGCGCCUCAGACUCCUUUAUUGAUGACGUAUAUGGAGUCGCUGCCUUACCUGCUGUUCGGGGUAAUGGCCGCCAUAUCGGGUCUACUGAUGCUGCUCACUCCUGAGACGCUCAGCGUCCGUCUACCAGACACAAUACAGCAGGCCGAGAGGAUAGCGUCCGAGAGCAGUAUCAAGGAGCGUCCAGUCAAUGUCAAC